CAGCUUGACUCGGUUAGGCUGGGUGGUCAUCGCAUGCGUGGCACUUUAGGCUUUCGGGAGGUGAUGAGGGGCAUGACCUAUAUAUCUCUUCGUCCAGACGGUGCGAGGGUAACGAUAGCCGGGAACACCGACGAGAUAGGCACAAGCGAGGAUAGAGCUGCUCCCUACCUUUGGACGCUCGAGAGUCGGGAAAUGCACCCAUUCCGGCGGGACGGAGAGGUCUAGCGGUCGAGUUGCAAGUGUUAUCCAUCCAUGUGUACGGAGAAGUUCCAGGUGAGGCUAGGUAAGCCGGGGCGUUUUCGGGGUCCGUUUGUUUCUUCUAUCCUCCCUUUUUUUUUGGCUCCGGCUGCCGGAGAGCCAGCUGGCUACCUCCUGGCUGGCGCUAGGUUGGUGAUUCGAGCCAGGGCUGUUUCUGCGUUGGGGUUGAUGAUUCACUCAGGCUCAGGGGGUGGCGAGAUCAGUGGGGGGUACCUAGGUACCUACAUACUGUGGUGAU